GCCAUACACGCAUUGCUAAACCAGCGGUGGUAGCGUGCACACACAUACAGACACACGCACGCACGCACACACGUUCACUGGCGCACACACACACUUAAGCGCCAUCUUUGUGUGUACCUGUGUGUGUACUUUUGUUUGUGUGUGUGUGUACCUCAGGAGUGAUACAAGAUGCGCAGCCUGCUGGUGCUGCUGCUGGCGGCGACGGCGGCCUCCUCACAGCUGAAUGACGCCUGGCUGAACGGCGGGUACCUGCCUCCGCCGCCGCCCUCACCGCCAUCACCAGCACCGCCGCCAUCACCGCCGCCAACACCAGGGCCGCCGCCACCCCCGCAGCAGGAUCCUGUACCUGCCCCUGGCGGGACCUGCGAGGCGGUCAUCAGCACUGAGACGGAGGUGGUGACGGUGCCGUUGCUGGUGACGGAGACGGUGGUGGCGCCGGGCGGCACCAGCGUGGCCGUGGUGACGGGCGUGGUGGUGGAGACGGUGGGCGUGACGUCCUCCUUCAUGGCCAUGGAGCAGCACCAGGUCCUCGUCCCCGUGACGCGCACCUACCGCGUGGUGGCCGCCGCGCUGGCCACCCUCACCGAGCUGACCACUGCCGCCGCGCCGCCGAUCACCACCACGGCCGUCAUCACCAAUGCUGUCACCAUCACGGAGGUGCAAGAGGAGGUAGUGACUAGUCUAACGGAGGAGCUGGUUCAGGUCACCAUAACCAGCGAGGCAAUCGACACCGUCACCGAUACCAUAUACGUCACUGACUUGGCCACCGAGGUCACCACCCUCAUCACCACCUAUUCACCGCCGGCUGUCACAGUACCCGUCGUCUCCACCACCGUCAUCGUGGUGACCAAAGAAAUGGUACAAGCCGAUCGCACGAUAUUAGUGACCUCCGUAACGGCCUUGACCAGUGAGUUGGUGAGUGUGGUGACCCCGGAGCCCGUACUGGCAACCCAGGUGGUGACCAGUACAGAAGUGGUGACCCGGAAUAGCGUGGUGACGGAGGAAACCAGCAUCAUCGUUAGCAGUGUUGAGGUGGAGCAGGUCGUCACCACCGCUUUCGAGGCCGUCACCACCACAGUGCUCACGACUGACCUCAACACGGCGGUCAUCACCGCCACCACCACGCUGCUGGUGGACGUGCCGGUGCUGGUGACAGAGGAAGUGCUGGUGACCUCAACCGAAACCGUAGUGGUGACUGUCCCGCCGCUCCCCGACGUCGUCAUCACCACCACAAUAGAGAUGGCUGACUUGGUGACGGUCACGGGCGCUCCGGUAGUGGUGACGGAGGCAGUGACGGAGGAGGCGGUGAUGGUGGAGGUGGUGACCGAGACGCUGCCGCCGGAGGUGGUGACGGUGACUCAGAUGGUGACUGCCUCGUGCGGACACCAGCAGAACCAGCACGGGGGUUACAGUUACAACAGGCCCGCCAGAGCUUUCAGAUUUGGAUAACUCAUAACCUGACCUCUAGCCUAGGAUGACCUCCAACUAUUUUUUCUUUCUAUCUAUCUAUCUAUCUAUCUUUAUCUGUCUAUCUAUCUAUCUCAGCACCACCCAUGAGGAGUUACGCCUGGUGUGUGUGUGUGUGUGUGUGUGUGUGUGUGUGUGUGUGUGUGUGUGUGUUACCAUCGGAAUAAUCAACAUCAUUACCUCCUCCUCCUCUCCGUCCCCUCCCCCCCCACCCCCUCCUCCUCCAGAU